AUGAAUGUCCAACAUCCGAGUCUUCCAAAAGCAGACAACGAUGUGCUGAAAAUAGAGGUUAUGAACUUCAAUUCGUUAAGAAUUAUCAAGAAUCUAGCUCACAGAAGAUACAAGGAGAGCGUUCCUUCGAGAAAGUUAUUUGCUGCUCUUGAUGUGUCUGAUGAAUCGGAAAGUGAUAGUGAUGAUGAAGGUGGUGAUGGUGGUGAUACUGGUGCCGUUGGUGCAUCAAGUGUUGGAACUACUGGUGGUACAUCAGUGGGAGGUACCUCAGCAGGGGGAGUGUCAGCGGGUGACACAUCAGCCGGUGGUGAUGAUGAGGCUGAUUCUGAUUCUGAUGAUGAUCAUUUGCUCGAACCGGGAUACGAGAUGUAUCUGGAUGAACGCGGUGUAAAAAGAUACAGGAAGAUCAGACAAGAAGAUGAUCCGGAAUACGUUCCUUCUGAUCCUGAAACGGAACGUGCAAGGAAAAGGAAAGCAGAAAAGUCUGCAGAACAUCACAAAAAGAAGAAGUCUCGAAGAUACUUAAGUACCUCCUCACGAGGAUCUGUGCCACAAACUCCUGUUCCAGAACCACCUGUGGUAUCUUCACCUCCUGCGGCUCAACCUGUAUCUCCUGAGGAGAUUCCACAAAGAUCCAUGGCCGCUUCAAUUAGAGCAACCACUGCUCAGCCUAGUGGUGAACGUCAAAGGAUCUUCUCGGAAAUGACUCAAGAAGAAAAGAAUAACUUCCUGUUCUCUCAAUAUGAGGUUGCAGCAGACCGUAUUCAGAGACAGACUGAUUUCAUUCGGAUUACGAAGAAUGAUCAAAUCAGUCAUCAGGUGGAGAUUGAUAGGUUAAAAUCUACUGUUGGCGAACAACAAGCUAUCAUACAACGCCAACAAGCUGAGAUCGAUCAUCUUAAGGCUGAAAACAUCCGUUUAAGAGCUGCAGACGAAGAAAGAUAA